GUGUCGGGGCGGUAAAGCUGCACUAAAUAACACCUCGCCUCGAGUUGAAGCUUCACUCUAACAUCCACCUGGCAUGACGGGACGACGGCACUGAAAACUGUACACUUUCUGUUCCGGAGUGGCGACUCACCGUUGCUAGUUUUGGCUGAGCUACUCAAAUGAGACGUUUUCACCUGAAGCGCCGACGAAGUUCAAACGCAUCUUAAAAGAGGCUCACACACACACAUGGAUGUCAGGUGGAAUAAGCUCAACGAUGCUGCCCACCUCGGUCUGCUCUCUGCCCGUCCCGAAUAGUUAUGUCAGCCAGCUGAGCACCUGCCACAACACGCCUGAAGAGGACGAUGAGACCAUGAACACAGAGGAGAGAAAAGCCAGCACCGUCCACAGAGCGGACCCCGCGUCCGACCUCCACGCCCACCGCCGGCCCUCGGACCGCACGCCGUUCCCCGACGACUCCAUGUUCAGCCGGCGGGGGUGGAACCGAGAGCAGGGCCUGUCGUUCCCCUCCUCCAGCUUCUGCUUCUCACGGCUGCCCCACAGCCUCUCUGCCGGGUACAACCAGCCCACCCCGUUCCCCAGCCAGGUCAACAUGCUCCACCCGAGCCUGGCCAGCAGCUGCACGGGCUACCCCAGCAGCCUGCCGUCCUGCCUGGGCCACAAGGAUUACUCCAGCUGCUCCCAGGACAGCUGCCUGUCCAGAGACAAGUCCGCCUCCCUCCCCAGCCACCACAGCGGCCACAUGAGCCUGGAGCAGCCGCUGUCGCUGCACUCCAACCCGCCUUCGGCCGAGUUCUACCACCACACCCUGUCUCCGUACUCGUGCCCGCCGCAGGGCCCCCCCUGCUGUGCUCAGUGUCCGGCGGACGCCUUCAGCAGGCGGCCCAUGGCCAACAACCGCGCCUGGCCUCAGUACAACCCAGUUUACAGCUCGUACUACCCAGAAGACUGCAGGACCCCUGGAGCUGGAUUCACACACAUCGGCCACAAUGUCUCGGUCAAAGAGAGACACCCUGCGUACAGCACGCCGCUCUCUCUGGAGCAGAGGCGGGUCUUCGUCACGUACGAAGCCGACAACGACAAACACGUCAACGAGAUCAUCAAGUUUGUUGCUCUGCUGCGACACAACGGCUUCGACACUCAUAUUGACAUUUUUGAGCAUCAGUACAGAAGCAUAAGCAAGAUCGACUUCAUGGAGCGGUACCUCAGCGAGAAAGAGUACCUGAUCAUCAUCAUCAUCAGUCCCAAGUACUACGAGACGGUGACCACGUCUCCAUUCGACCUGGAGAACGACGAGAGGACCUUCAACACCGUUUACAUCCACAAACAGCUUCAGAAUGAGUUCAUCCAGAACGGAAGCAAGAAUUUCAGGUUCAUUCCCAUUUUGUUUCCCGGGGCUAAAAAGUGUCACGUUCCCAACUGGCUCCAGAACACUCACGUCUACGGCUGGCCGCGCGAUCGAGACGACAUCCUAAGACGCCUGAUGAGGGUGGAGAAGUACAACCCGCCCCCCAUCGGGGAACUGCCCACCAUCGUUUCCAUCCCCAUCUAGAGCGCUGACCCGAGGACAGCGUCCUCCGUCCCCCGAGACAAGCGGGGACAUGUUCCUGCGCCUGUCCUCCUUUAAUCUGUGAUUGUAAAGACUCUCAGGUGCUUUUGUAGAUUCUUAACUUUUUUUCUUUUUUAUUCACAAAGAGAAAAAUGUCGGUGUUGACAUGAAACGUGGAUCGGAGAGGUUUUUUAUUUGGUACAUCUUGUUCAGUUUGCUUUUGUUUUUUAAAAACAGUUUAAAAAUCUCAUUCAUAUAUUUUUUACAAGCUAAUCACACAUGUAGUACUUGGUUAAACAAAAAAAAAAGUAAAAACUAUACAGAGACAUCUGGUACAGAAACAGACAAAAUCGCUGCAGUUUUUCCAGUAAGUGUAAAGUGUAGGGUUUUUUUUGAGACGACAGAAAAGGGUUAGUGUUAGGGUAUGGAUUUUUCUCUCUGUAAGCGCUUCUAUUUCCCGCACUGCCUGUCAGCUGGCUGAAAGCUUCCCUCUUGCUUCCAAAGAGGAGAAAUUUCUUGUUGCAAAAACAAAAAAAGCAGCGCAAAUAGUCCGACUAAAGGAACAUCAGAACCUACAGAGCUUUGCAACGUAAGGAAUGUUUUCUUUUAAAAAAAAUUUUUUUUUCCAGUUCUCAAUAUGUUUGAUUAAAAACAAAAGUUUCACUAUAAAGAUGUAUUUUGCAGCAGAAGGGAUCAUUUUUGUUUCGUAUCAAAGUAGUUAAAUCGUGUUUAGAUCGAUUGUCUUUGUGGUAUUUUCACUCAAAGUGACUCUAGGAUCUCAUAUCGGUCUGAUCAGCAGCUGGUACGUCACUUCGAACACCUGCUGUUUUUAUAAAUCGCUUCUUUUUUAAAAACUCUUUAAACCAUUGCUUUACACCUUACUGUCUACAUUGGGGGGGUUUUUGUUGGUUUUGAUUUUAACCUUAAAUGAAAAGCUAACCUCGCUGUACAUUAGUCUCUCUGGGAGCCAAAGUGUCGGCUCGCCUCGUUGCCAUCGAUCAGACAAGCAGAGGCCUGGAUUUUAAUUACAUUUUUUCUUCACCUGGAGGAGUGUCGGGUUUUGUUUGGUUUUUUCUCCUUCAAGUGGCGAGCUGUGGGAACAUCGCCUUUGUUGUAAACGGCAGAAGGAAUGCAGCAGAAAUCCAGUCUCGCCGCUCCUCCUCCUCCUCGGGGCCGGCGGCGCUCCUCUCUCAUCGGCUCGCGUAGAAAAACGCCUCGACAGGAAGUCAUGAGGAGAUAAGCAGCUGACGCAGCUGUGCGGUACGACUUCUCAAGAAUCGGCAGAAAUGCACUCAAAACGGGGUCAUCAAAACCCGUGUGCGGUUUGAGACGAAUCUGCAUGUAACGCCGUGUGACACAUUUGAAGCCAAAAAAAAAAAAUAAAAUAAAAACGUCUGCGUCGGCAGAAUAGGUGUUGUUCAUCCCAGCGCAGGUUUACGGCGAACAAAUAAAAACUCCUGCACCUGAAAUACACCACAGCAGGUGUUGACAUGCAGAUUAAUGGGCUUUUAUCUUCACUGAAAAUGUUCAUGCAAUUUAAAAAGAAAAUUUGAAUACAGUCUCAUAUAUUUUGAAAGGCACAUGAAAUAUUAAUUUUAAGGACAAAAUAAUGACAUCUGUAACAAAAGUUGGUUACACAGUCAUUUUAUUAUGUAAAUAUCUCUCAAGAUUUAACAGAAACAAAUAUCAGGCAAUAGUUUAAUUUUAAUGGUUGUAAAAACAAUGAAGUGCUAUUUGUUCAAAUACUACAAAAUACAUUUAAUAAGCAGGAAGCAUUUUAUUUCCUUCAAGGAAAAAAAAGAAAAAAAAAAGUACUAUAAAAUAAGUUACAGUACAGUGAAUUUGUCCAAACAGACUUUUGUUCCCGUCUUCCAGCCUUUUGUAAGCACAAACCGAAGUAGGGUCAGACAGAAACAAGGUCUGAAAAUCGUCGUCUCCCCCGUGAAAAAAAAAAAA